GCAAUCAGUUUAAGCUGGACACGGUAACGGUACCCUGUUGUCGUCUGCAUAUAAUUUUUGUUAAAACGCUGUCCGCAUAUAAAACUAAAAAAGGCAUUUAUUUAUAUAUGUAUAGCGAGCAUAGAAUGCAAUCACUUUUGUACUAGACGUUAAAAAAUAGAAAACCAAUCCGCAUUGGUUUGAAAUUACAAAAAAAAAAAAAAAAAAAUGUACAAAAAUUUAUUAAUAUUGUGCUUUGGAUUGUUAUUAUUCGGUCAGCUGAGCGAGGGGAGACGCGGUCGCGGUCGUGGUCGCACCAAGUCCCGAGUACAAAUCGGUUUACCGAUAACCGGUAAAUAUCGUGAUCCCGAAUCCGAUCAGUAUUACAAUAACAAUAAUGGAGCCAAAAUCCUGCAAGCAUCCCAUUUCGAUUAUGAAUAUGUUCUCGGUCAUAAAAUUGCAUUUCUGUGCGUCGCAAAAGGCAAUCCACGACCUCAAAUCACUUGGUAUAAAGAUGGCGCGGAAAUAUUUCAACAUCUUUAUAUGCACAUUCACGAAUGGCGCAUUGGCGAGGAUAAAGUUAAAUCGAAAAUCGAAAUCGAUCCGGCAACACAAAUGGAUGCAGGAUUAUAUGAGUGCACGGCCGACAAUAUGUACUCAAUAGAUCGCCGAAGUUUUAAAACCGAUUUUUCCAUCGCUUUCGAUUAACAACUUUCAAUGCCACCAAAAAAAAAAAAAAAAAAAAAAAAAAAAAAAAAAAAAAAAAAAAAUUCUGCUUUCAUACCGACUACAAGUAACUAGUGGUCGGACCAUAAAA